AUGUCAGAAACAUUGGUAAUUCGACGCUCGCAUGCUGCUGUUCAACAGGAAGUAGCCGCUUAUAGUUCGUUAUUUGAAGAUUCAACAAAUGUUGAAAAACGACAAGAUCAGUAUAAAACAUUAGUUUCAAAUUAUUACAGUUUAUCAACUGAUUUUUUCGAGUACGGUUGGGGACAAAGUUUUCAUUUUGCUAAUCGAUUUCGUGGUGAAACAUUAGCUGAAUCAAUCCAACGACAUGAAUCAUAUUUAGCAUUGAAAAUGCAGGUUAAACCUGGCGACAAAGUACUCGACCUCGGAUGUGGUGUUGGUGGACCACUGCGACGUAUUGCUAAUUUAACUGGCGCACAUAUCACUGGCGUUACAAUCAGUGAAUAUCAAAUUCAACGAGCAAAACAAAUCGGCGUACCUGCGAAUUGUCGAUUUAUUCAGUGUGAUUUUAUGCAAUUACCAUUCGAAGAUGCAAGUUUCGAUCAUAUCUACACGAUUGAAGCGGUAUGCCAUGCACCCGAUAAGGCGAAGUGUUUUGCUGAAGCCAUGCGUGUAUUGAAACCAGGCGGUUCAUUUAUCGGAUAUGAUUGGUGCUUGACGGAUAAAUACGAUGGACGAAAUUCCGAACAUGUAGAGAUUAAACGUUUAAUUGAAGAAGGUGAUGGUUUACCUGAUCUGAAAUCGACUCAUCAUUCCGUGUCUGCGCUGAAAUCAGUUGGCUUCACAGUUGAGGAAAGUCGGAUUAUUCCUGAAGGUGACAUACCUUGGUAUCAACCGUUGAAGGGUGGAGAUCCAUUUUUUUCACCCAGCAAUUUUCGUACGACAUACGUUGGGCGAUGGUUCACACGAAAUGGUGUUUGGUUACUGGAAAAAGUUGGCAUCGCUGCUCAAGGAAGCCUAGCAGCCUUGAGUAUUCUUGAAAGAGCACGAGAGGGUGUGGUUCGCGGCGGAGAAACAGAUACUUUCACGCCGUAUUUCUUUUUUCUCGCUCGAAAGAACUAG